GUGAAAGACAGGGAGGGGAAUCCAGUGUCUUAUAACAAGAAAAUGCAAAUGGAAAUAUAGCAUUAAAAAGAACUAAGGACAAGAGGAUUGGAAAGAGGAGAAUCAACAAAUAUAAGGCUCUAUGGUGGCAGUCAUGGAUUAUUCUUAACAUGGGAACUGGCAGCUGGAGUGAAAAGGUCUACCAUAUGUUGACCUCAGCUGUUUUCUGGUCAGGACACGCAAGAAGCAUCUGGAGAAUCUAGGACACUUACCUUCAAUACUGACCAUCAGCUCUCCAGUAAGAUGGAUGGGUUAACUGGUGCGGUCAGUGGCUUUGAAUGUCUUCUGCCAUGGCAAAGCGUGAGACUGGGAGCACCAGCCCUGUGGUGCGUCAGAUAGACAAGCAGUUUCUGGUCUGCAGCAUUUGUCUGGAUCACUACCACAACCCCAAGGUCCUGCCCUGCCUGCACACCUUCUGCGAGAGCUGUCUUCAGAACUACAUUCCCCCAGAGUCACUGACACUGUCGUGUCCAGUGUGUCGGCAGACGUCCAUCCUGCCAGAGAAAGGAGUUUCUGCUCUACAGAACAACUUCUUCAUCACUAACCUCAUGGAGGUCCUCCAGAGAGACCCGGAGUGCUCUCGGCCAGAGGCCUGCAGCGUGCUGGAGUCAGUCAGUGCCGCUGUAGCAGGGAAGCCCCUGUGCUGCCCAAACCACGAGGGAAAGGUGAUGGAGUUUUACUGCGAGUCCUGUGAGACGGCCAUGUGUCUGGACUGUACAGAAGGCGAGCACCGGGAGCACAUGACUGUUCCUCUGCGGGACGUCGUGGAACAACACAAAGCUGCCCUGAAGACCCAGCUGGACGCCAUACGCAGCAGGCUCCCCCAGCUGACAGCUGCCAUUGAGCUGGUGACAGAAAUCUCUCGCCAGCUGACAGAGAGGAAGAAUGAGGCGGUAGUCGAGAUCACAGGGACUUUUGAGGAACUUGAGCGGGCGCUGCAUCAGCGCAAGAGCGCUCUCAUCACGGACCUGGAGAACAUCUGCAGCACCAAGCAGAAGGUCCUGCAAGCCCAGCUUUCAUCUCUCCUCCAGGGGAAGGAGCACAUCCAGAGCAGUUGCAGCUUUACCGAGCAGGCACUCAGCCACGGCAGCGCUACCGAGGUGCUUCUGGUUCAGAAACAGAUGAGUGAGCGAGUAGCAGCUCUGGCUCGGCAUGACUUCCCAGAGAGACCACACCAGAACGCUCACCUGGACUGUCAGGUGGAGACUGAAGGUCUGCGGCGCUCCAUCCAGAACCUGGGGGUCCUCCUCACCACGGCAGCAGUGGGUCACACCUCCGUCGCCACAGGAGAGGGCCUCCGCCACGCAGCCACUGGACAACAUCACAGCAUUACCGUGACAACAAAAGACAAAGAUGGGGAGUUGGUGCGGACAGGAAACGCUGUUUUAAAGGCAGAGAUUCUGUCUGCUGACGGGAGCCGGGUCGCAGAGACGGAGAUAACGGACAAUAAGAACGGGACGUACGAGGUGGGCUACACGUUACGCUCUGAGGGGGAGUACUCCUUCGCUCUGUCUCUGUACGGCCAGCCCAUACGGGGCAGCCCCUUCCGGCUGCGGGCUGUCAAGCCCUCAGAUGUGCCACAGUCUCCAGAUGACGUGAAGAGGAGGGUGAAGUCUCCCAGCGGGACGGGGGGCCACAUACGGCAGAAGGCAGUGCGCCGGCCUUCCAGCAUGUACAGCACCACCAAGAAGAAGGAGAAUCCAAUUGAGGACGAGCUGAUCUACCGAGUGGGUUCCCGGGGCAGAGAGAAAGGGGAGUUCACCAAUCUGCAGGGAAUCUCAGCUUCCACCAAUGGCAGAGUGGUGGUGGCUGACAGCAACAACCAGUGCAUACAGGUAUUCUCCAAUGAUGGGCAGUUCAAGAUGCGCUUUGGGGUCAGAGGUCGCUCUCCGGGCCAGCUGCAGAGACCCACAGGCGUGACUGUGGACAUGAACGGUGACAUUGUGGUGGCUGACUAUGACAAUCGAUGGGUCAGCAUCUUCUCUUCCGAUGGCAAGUUUAAGAAUAAAAUCGGUGCAGGGCGCCUGAUGGGGCCCAAGGGUGUGGCUGUGGACAGGAACGGGCACAUCAUCGCCGUGGACAACAAGGCCUGCUGCGUCUUCAUCUUUCAAUCAAACGGGAAGCUCGUGACCAAGUUUGGAGCCAGGGGGACGUCUGACAGACAGUUUGCAGAAAAACUUGGCCCAAACUUAAAUAAAUCUGGCUCAGUUUUCAGUCCACACUUUGUUGCAGUGAACAACAAGAAUGAAAUUGUUGUGACAGAUUUUCACAAUCACUCUGUAAAGGUGUACAGUGCAGAUGGAGAGUUCCUGUUUAAAUUUGGCUCUCAUGGUGAGGGCAAUGGCCAGUUCAAUGCUCCCACCGGCGUGGCUGUGGACUCAAAUGGAAACAUCAUCGUAGCCGACUGGGGAAACAGUAGAAUACAGGUGUUUGACAGCACCGGCUCCUUCCUGUCCUAUAUCAACACGUCAGCAGACCCGCUGUACGGGCCACAGGGCCUCGCCCUCACCUCCGAUGGACACGUGGCUGUGGCCGACUCUGGCAACCACUGCUUCAAGGUUUACCGCUACCUGCAGUAACCUGACGGGGGGGGGGCAGCUACAAGACAGCUCCUCACUAUACAGGUCAACAUCAUACACCACUAGGGAACAUAGAGCCGAAACGUGCCCGCCCCACUUCCAGAAGCAAAUUUCCCAUUCAUUUCCUCCUUAAUCUCUUCAGAAAACUCCCGAUAAUGAGGAGUUUUAAGCUUUUAACUGAGUCAGUCAACUACAAGAUGAAUUGUGUGCAUAUAGCAGUGGAUUCAAGAACAAAAAAAAUAAAUAAAUAAAUAAAAAAAAAUAACAGUAAAACACUGUGUAAAUACCAUUUUUAAGAGGGAAUGAACUACUCACCCCAUACAUCAUUGCAAGUAAUGUCAUGAAUUCCCUUUCUCUUAAUUUCAGCAGUAAUACUAAUGCAGAUGCCAGUAAAGUGUAACAAUAUAGUAGUGAGUGUUGAUUUGCAAUGAUUUUCUUUCCCCUCAUCUAUAAUAAAACAACAACAUGUCUGACAACAAAAUCAUAGUGGAGCAGCAGCAGUUUCACACAAGUCUGGCUACUGGCAGCAACUCUGGCAUGGGUAGCGUUUCUAUGGUGACAGCAGCCUCUCUGAUUGGUGGGAACUUGCUAAAGUUUGUGGGUAGUGUAGUAUUUCACAGGGGACACUUAGGAAUAUAUAUAGAGAGUUAUUUUCACAUUCUGAUGGGUCAUGCUGUGUCAGCCCCAGACUGUCAAGAUGUCAGAGUGGAUAAUCCAACUUUCUAUGGAAAAAAUGAAUGGGAACUUUAUUUCCACAGUGGGACAUUUCAGCUCUAUGGCUGGCCAGAGCAUCAUUGCCAGUUUGAAGGUGGUGAUACACUCUGCAGCUUACUGGGCAGGACUCCUAGCAACAGGCAAAUCUGGUCGUUGUUUCCCGGUGAGAAGAUGUUAUGUUAUUCAAGAAACAAUGGUGAUCAGCACCCUCCUUGAACACUGUUGCCCCAGGAAAUGACCCUGUGUACCACUGCCUUACCAUGUCUCCUCAUUACACACAGCAGAGCACACGCAGACAGGAAUGUGUUGUUUGAAAAGGAAUUAUUUGCUUGUCCUCAUCCUGCACCUUAUCGCCCAGCCAAGACCCCCACGCAUAAAUAUAGAUUCGUUUCAUCUUGCUGAAUUUCCUCCUCAUCCCAAUCAAUCGUAAAGUGAGCUGCCCUCGGCGAGGUUGGGAAUAAAGGCUUUAUCCUUUUAUCCUUUUUUUUUUUUUUUUUUUUUUUUUUGAAUACCCAAAGAUGAGCAUCAAGAAGCACAACAGUAUUCGCACGACGGUCCAUGCUGUUUGGAUGGGUUUUGAACACGUCAUCAUCAAAUCCAAAUUCCCUCUGUUAUGAUUUAAAUAAAACAUCUUGGCUCUGACCCCGUUAUUACUUGCACUUUUGUGUAUUCAUAUCUACAACUGUAUGUAGUUGUACAUAUGCAUAUUUAAGUGUAUAUAUGGAUUUGGUGUCCAUGUUAUUUCACUAUAUACUUAUCAUUAUUAUUAUUAUUAUUAUUAUUAUUAUUAUUAUUAUUAUUAUUAUCGUUGUUGUUUCAGCAAUUAAUCGAGGAUUUUAACACUGGAGUACCGAUACAGUAGGAGGUCGUGCCAAGUAGUAGCCAACUGUACGACUCGCAAAAACAUCAAUAGCACAAAGUUGUAUACACAUUGUUUGCUGUAUUUUUAUUUUUUCAAAGGACUUAAUUUAUUUUUGAUUUUCAUUUCUACAUAAUUUCUUCUACAAAUUAUUUUUCUAAUCGGUGCAUUUGAACUGUCUCCUCUCUUUGCCAAACGUUUGUACAUAGGCCUUGUAACUUGUAGCACUCGACACUGUUCUCUUUUGCCUCCUCCCAUCGAGCUCACACUAAGACAAGCAGUAACUUCUCCCCUCUGCCAAAAUGUAUCGUUGUAAGUCGUCGUUGAACAUUGCACAAAAACACAAAGAUUAUAAGAGUUAUAUAGUUUGCAAGAGUAAUAUAUGCCUCUGUGUAUAGUUAUCAUUUAUCAUAAUCUGAAAGUGUACUGUAUAUUACAAUCAUAUUGUUCUUGUUGUAGCUGACAAGCACCUUUAUCAUGGAUUUUUCCAGUAUUUGUACUCAUAUGUUUGGUAGUUGAGUGUGCUGAAGGUUUUCUCUGUGGCUCCUGCAGGAACACAACACCAGCGAACGAGCAGUGACACGGAAAGUUUUUCCUCUGUGUUUUACGAAUCAGCUCUCUGCCCCUGAUAGUGGACCGGUAACUCACAUCGUUUCUUUGCAUAAAUGAUGUCUGUCUCCCGUUCUGUAGGAGAAGUCUGUAAUGUCACAUUUGUUUACACCCCUCCUCCAUAACGUUUACUCCCACCAGUUCCAACUGUGUCAUUCUGGUUUUACUUUUAUGUCGGUCCAUCCCUCACCUGUGACUGGUCACUGACUUACUCAUGUAUGUGUGGAGUAAAGGAAGCACAUAUAAAGGAAAUAAUGUAUCCACCAUGUUGUGUGCCGUAUCUUACAUGAGGUCAGACUUACAAGAAGUAAUCACUACAUUUAUGUAAUCAUGGCAAAGGUAUGAUUGUAAAUAUUAAAGAAUGACAAUAUGA